GCAGAAGCAUCAGAACCUGCUUAGGCAGAGGAGCAACAAACAAUGAGCUCCAAACAUCAAUGCAUGAAACUCAGCGAUGGCCACUUCAUCCCUGCUCUGGGCUUUGGUACCUACAAACCCGAAGAGGUCCAUAAGAGUAAGUCACUGGAGGCUGCAAACCUCGCUAUAGAGGCUGGAUUCCGCCAUAUUGAUACUGCUUUUGCAUAUCAAGUAGAAGAGGAGAUAGGACAGGCCAUCAAAAGCAAGAUUGCAGCUGGUGUUGUGAAGAGAGAAGACAUAUUCCUCACCUCAAAGCUUUGGUGCACUUUUUUCCGACCAGAACUGGUCCGGUCUUGUUUGGAAAAAUCACUGAAAAGACUUCAACUGGACUAUGUUGACCUUUAUCUUAUGCAUUACCCAGUGCCCAUGAAGCCAGGAGAUGAUGAUUUUCCAGUAGAUAAACAAGGAAAAACACUAUUGGACAAAGUAGAUUUCUGUGCCACUUGGGAGGCCAUGGAGAAGUGUAAGGAUGCAGGACUGGUCAAGUCCAUCGGGGUGUCCAACUUUAACCACAGACAGCUGGAGAGAAUCCUGAACAAGCCAGGGCUGAAGUACAAGCCUGUGUGCAAUCAGGUUGAGUGUCAUCCUUAUCUGAACCAGAGCAAACUGCUGGAUUACUGCAAGUCAAAAGACAUUGUGCUGGUUGCUUAUGGCGCUUUGGGAACUCAACGAUAUAAACGAUGGGUAGACCAGAGCUCUCCAGUUCUCUUGAAUGAUCCAGUUCUUUGUGAUGUGGCCAAAAAGCACAAGAGAAGUCCAGCCCUGAUUGCCCUUCGCUACCAGAUUGAGCGUGGGGUCCUGCCUCUGGCCCAGAGUUUCAAAGAAAAUGAGAUCAAAGAGAAUUUGCAGGUUUUUGACUUCCAGUUGCCUGCUGAGGACAUGAAAGUUCUAGAUGGAAUGCACAGAAAUUUAAGAUAUGUUUCAGCUGAGUUUUUUGCUGAUCACCCUGAAUAUCCAUUUUCUGAGGAAUAUUAACAUGUGGGCCUUGUCGUGAAUUCUGCCCGAGGUCUAUGAGUGUGGACACUUCUGUGGGUGAUACGACUCGGAUGCUGCUGGUCAGAUACAUCAUUUCAGGUCAAUCUAGGCUAGUUAGCAGCUCACAUUCAGCUAAAGCUUCGGCUGCCAUUCCUCAAGAGAAGGCAGCGUUUUCCCAGUGCUUUGAAAUAAAUAGAACAUUAAAGAUA